AUGUCCCCGGACCUGAACUCGCUUCCACCUUCGUCUCCGACAAUCCUCUCCCGAACCAUGAACACCUCGAGCCACAACGGCGACGGUGGAGCCGCCAUGGGCACCGAGUCUCCCCCGUCGGCUUCUCGCUCACAGUCCAUCUCGUUACAGGCUGCCGCCACCAUGAAUGCCGGCCUCCAGCGACGCUCCAGUUCCGCAUCCAGACAGCAACAUUCCCCAGCUGGUCGUCGAAGGUCAACCGUCCUCUACAAUCUACAGCACAACGAUCCGUCAGUUCCGUCCGCAGGCGAGAUGCAAGAGGGCUCUGGCGCAAUCUCCGGGACGGGCGCAAGCUUCGAUCACAGAACGGGCAGCCCGCAUUCCAUAUCGCGUUCGCCAUUGUUGACGGGAGGCGAUCCGCACCACAACCGAACUCCCAGCCUGGGAGAGCUCCAUCAGGAGCUCGAGGCCGAACAGGAAGCCCAAGUUAAUCGACUGCUUCAGAUGAUCCGCCGGCAACAAGUAGAGCUCCAACAGCUCCAGUCGCAACAAGGCCAGAGCCAGUCCACAGUGGCAGCCGAAGAUCCCACGCCUUCCUCGGAGCGGCCCAGCUCGGUCGUCAUUCCGAGCGGUGGCCUACCUCAUCAAACGUCUUCGGUCUCUACGCCGCGAUCGCCCGUUAUAUCGCAUGCACGCGGGUCUUUUGACGCCAAUCGUGAUUUCCGGCCAUCUCGCACCCCUAGCAGCCAUGCUUUGUCCCCCAGAAUGAGAUCUGGGUCUAUCAGCGGGGAGCCUGGUGAACCAUUCGCCCUUGGGGGCCGCGAUGAGACCGCCUUCUACCAAGCAGAGACCCAGUCAUUGGUGCGAGAAAACCAGAUGCUGCGCCACCGAAUUAGAGAACUGGAGCGCCAGCUCAGCGAGGCACACGCUUCAUCCUCUGUAACGCGAGAGCCGGCCCAUCCCUCACAUCUUCUCCAGUCUCAGUCUGUUUCGGAGGAGGGAGGCUCUGAGAACAUAGCACCUGGUAUAGAAGCCCCCAAGGCCGACUGA